GCUCAGGCUAGCCAUCGCUAUCCAAAUUCCCAUCGCUCAUGGUUUGCUUCGGGGACGAAGACCGGCGGAAGCUGCACGAGGAUGGCUGCCUUGAGCUUCACGGCUGGCCGCACUGGGAGGUGUUCUCCAUGGUGGAAGGUGGUGAGUUUGCUGGAGGCUAAGAAGCCCUGGAAGGAUGAGGACCAGCGGCCUGGCACGGCGGCCGCGUGGGAGGUGUCGCGAGAGAUGGAGGGAGGCGGCCCAUCCACUUGGAGCCCUUGAGCUGGCUGCCGCUUGACGCAGUUGCAGAUCUGGCCACCCGAGAGUCCGAGAGCAAGUGACCCAAGUGACCCAAGUGAUCCAAGUGACCCAAGUGACCCAAGUGACCCAAGUGACCCAAGUGGCAGAUGCAGUCAGCUUGUGCUCGACAUCCUCGCCCGCCGGCAUGUUGGGUAAACCUAAGCAAAGGUGGACUGAUUUGGCUGGGCUGAGACGUGGUUCGGUUGCUUCGGGUUGGCCAGGCACCAAACCAGAAGCGCCUGACAGCCCUGAGACGGCAAGUAGCGAGAAAACAGCCACAAUACGCCUUAAACAAAUUGCGGACCAACUCAAAUUUUCAAGAAGUUAGUCAGGGUAGUCGGAGCGAAGGUUCAUGAUGAAUGCCAGAGUUCGGUUUCUCAGGCCCUCUUUGCACCCCAGGCGUCUAUGUUUCUGCCGUGCACCCCUCGGUGAACGACCAGUGCGAAGAGACGGGGCCGCGGUUUUAUGUGUCCAUCAUCGAAGCCGCCAUCAGGCGCGGCCCAGCUCCCAGGUUGCCCCCUGCCUUGGAGGAGCUCGUGUGGCCCAGGCUUAAAGAUCGCAGGGAGCCGUGGAUCACUGAGCUGGGCUGGACGCUAGUUCCUCCUGGCUCCGACCCGCAGACCUUGCAUGUGGAUAUCCUGUCCUCUGAGGAGGAGCCCCCUCGCCCGCGGCGGAGUGUGGGACGCUUCCACCAUCUGCUGUGGAAGUGCGAUGGUGGCCCUUGCACCACCAAGGUGGUGUGCACAGGCUUCACCGAGGGGACGGUGGAAGACUGGCACUAUGAGGUGCAGCGGCAGGUGAGGAGCCCCAAGCUGAUCUUGGACAGCGAGAUGCUCCACUGCGGCGCUUCGACUCCGAAGCGCUGGACCAGCACUUUGACAGUGCAGCUGUGCUCCACGUCCGGGUGGCGGGCCUUGCACUGCGCCGGCAGGGCCUCCCAGGAUGCUUUGUGGUACGUGUGGCCGAUGGAGGCGCAAGUGAAGGGGACGCCUGAAAUGUGGGCUCCUGGCGCAAAGGUGGAGGCACUUUGGGAGGAUGGCUUCUGGUAUGCUGCCAAGAUUGCGAAGCGUAAGCGCAGUGAUGACACCUAUCGUGUUCUUUGGGAAGACGAGGAUACAUCCACUUCAGGGUUCCUUUUAUCCCACAUUCGGGCUCGAGCAGAAUCUGAUGAAGAUGAUGAGGCACCUGUGAAGCGAACCCGCAAGGCAUAACAAGCGACAAUGUCUCCAAAGAGGCUUAACAAGAGCACGUUUUGUAUGCUCUUCAAAGAGAGUCAAAGAGACGUGGCUUUUCUCGCCAAAUCAUGCCGGCGUCGUCAAGGAAGUUACACAUUUCGGUGAGUACAGCCUGAUCUAGC